UUAAUCAUUUUGAGUUGGUGGGUGUUAAUUUUGGAGUUGUUUUAACACUUGUAGUGAACAAAAAGCUCUACCAGCGUUGUCAAUCAAGCAAGUCACAUGUUACCACCUGACACCGGAGUUAGAUUAACCUCAGUUCGAGUUGAACACAACAUCCGGUUUGGACGUGCGCGCCUUUUUCACUUAACGUCGGUUGGUGAGAGGAGAAGACGGCAAAGAACCUGUGUGGAUUUUACGGCUUAAACAAGGUGCAGUCUCAAGAUGUGGCAAUGUUGCUCAAGGUGAAGUACCAGAAUACCAAGAAGUACAUCCGAUUAGAGUCAGGGUUCACCUUUUCGGAUUUCAUUGCUCAAGUCAAAUACAAGUUUGGGCUUCCUGAUGCUACUGAACUUGAUGCUUUUGAUGAAACCAACACAGUAGUUGAGGAAGACAUCUUUUCUGAACUGAUAGAGGCCAGUCCAGAUUUAUGCCUGACAGAAUGUGACAGAAUUACUGAUGCUGCUCAGCCACAGGAGCAAGACAUCUUUCUUCAGAUACAGAUUGAUCCGAGCCCGGCAACACAAGAUGGCAUUUCAGAGGAAGACUUCUAUCCUCCAGAUCAUUCAACAUCGUCCUACCUCACGGAUACCAACACAUCACUUUCUUCAAAUGACAAUGACCACUCUAGUCGAAUAGAAAGAGGCAUUCCUAUAGGCAGACGUACAUCCAGCUCUGAAGUCAUACCCAGGCCUACCACAGAGGUUUCAGAAUCAGAGGCUGCAAAAGAGGUACUCAAGGACAGCAUAUGAAAUUUACAUUGUUUACCAUCAUAAAUUAUCAUACUAAAUGAGUUUCCCAUCAGAGUAUUUGUGACAUUUAGAGUGAUUGGGUUUGGCUAAUAGCUCUCUACUUAGUAAUCUAAGGCAGAUAACAAACAACUUUGUUUCAUCACAAAUCAUAUCGCACUUGCAUAAUCGGUUUAAUAAUUGGUUAGAUUUUUUUGUUGUUGAAAUUGCUGAUCCAUUUUUGUGUGUGAGAAACCCUCCUGAACCAGUGAUUUUAACUAUUACUCUUAAUCUUGUGGUAAAUAGUUAAAAUGAUUUUAUCCUGAGACUGAUUUGUACACUGAAAACUUUAUUUUUUCUUACUCUUAUAUGGUAAAAAAUGCCUUGCUUGGCAAACCUGGGGGUGAGGAUGUCAUCGAAGAGUACAAGGCAGAAAAGUCACUCACUCACCGCACCCGGAGACAGCUUGUCAACAUAUUGGCUAGCCAUAUGACUGAGAGCCAUGGGAGGAUGCCUUCCCGUAAACAUAAGGAGAAGUAUGCCCUGGGAAUCAUAACACUCUUUCCUUCACUAAAGGAUCCCUUUUCUCCAAAAGGCUAUGAGCACUUCUAUGAUGUGGAGAAAGGCACUGGAUAUUUAGCAUGGCGCCUUAAGACUAUGUCCAGGAAAACUGUAAAAAGACCAGCCAAGACAGCUACAGUGGCUCAAGCACAAGGACCGAAGCGCCGAAGAUUGGCAGCCGCUUUGCCUGAGCAGCUUGAUGCAGAUGCCUGUAGGGAAGCCAUAUCAUUUCUCAUUCACUCUCAGGAUGAAGCAAGUGUGUUUCAGAAGAUGAAGGUGACCUUUCAAUAUCGCCAAGACCUAGUGCAUGACCCACAGAGAACCACAGAUGUCUUUAAAACAUUUCCACGGUUUUUAGAUGUCAAAGGGCUGCUGAAUCAAGACUUCCUUCUGCUGUUUGGAGCUGAAACAGCCUCCAAGAUGCUUGAGAAGUGGGACACAACUUUCAGGCCCAAGGUUAUCAAUGAGGCCAAACACCUGACUCAGUCAAUUGAGCUGUGCCGACUUCUAAAAGCUGCUGAGAAACUGACAGAGAAAGAUGACACCACCUGGGACAGUGACAUGGCUUCUCUGCUGCUGCUCCUCCAUCUCCUGCCACCCACAGCUGGACGGAAGAGGACCAAGAUGAGCCCCAGUGAUGCAGUGGACAAAAUGUUGCACUUUCACAAGUCAUGCUGCAGCUUGGAUGAACACCUUCGGAGAAGGGAUGGUAGACAACCAUACAUCCUUGCUGUUGGUCGAACCAGGAACAGGAUUGACACUUUCUACAUUGUUGUGGACAAACAGCUCAUCCCCUGCCAAGCCACCAGCUCGGUGGGUGCAUUUGAUGAACUGUUUAAAUCCCACUAUGUGUUCAACCUGUCGUACGAUGAGUACCUGGGCCAGCUCUUCAUCUUCGUGCAAACAACAAUCUACAAUAUCGAUGUAGCAACAACAGAUGAGUCUCCCAGAGUUUGUGAGUUUCGUGCUAAAGUCCUCAACUAA